UGUACGUUUCCAUGAAGCUUAUCAAUAGUAGACGUCAUAAAUAACCGCUUUUGUGAAACGAAAGGCCGUGGGUCUUACUUAUUCACUAGUCAUGUACACACAAUCAAUAGCAUAAUGGCGCAGAUACAAACCAUUCAUUUGCUAUGAACGAACGAGGGAAAAUUUCAGUUUGAUGUUGUUCUAGAGCAACGACCAGCAUGGCUGGACUAGAGUUACACGAAGCAGCAGCGGUAGGGGACCAGGAUUCCUUGGAGCAGUACUUGAGGAGUGGCAAAUUUGACGCCAAUCUUCGUGACGUAGAGUGGGGGAGUCGCACAGCCUUACACUGGGCUGCGACCAAAGGCUUUGUUGAAUGCAUCCGGUUACUCCUGGACUACGGUGCCAAUGGCACAGCGCGGAUGUCUGGCGGAUGGACCCCAGCGCACUGCGCUGCGGAGGCCGGCCGGUUGACGGUGCUGCGAGCCCUUCACAAUGCUCAUGUCUCGAUCAUGAAGAAGGACAAGUUUGGAGAGAGGCCCAGGCAUAUCGCAGAGACUUAUGGACAUGUUGAGUGUGUCAAGUAUCUGCUAGCGGCGGAGGAAGAGGAGAUACGUCGGCGAUCUACCAAAGAUCUACCCCCAGAAUCUGAUGACUCCGAUAUCGAACCACCUGACGAACUGGCAUGACCAUGGAUCUACCGUCGUGUUUGAAUCUACAGUGUUUUUUAAGUACACUCUUCAGACAUUUAAGUGUUGUCUUUCCAAAUAUGACGAGUGAAGACGCCAUUAAAGACGCCUUUGGUAUAACAUAGUUGUUUUCUAAUGUCUGUGCCAUCUUUCAUUGUUUUUAUUUGUUUUCUCUAAAGAAAUACAAGAGGAGUGUGAUAAGGAAUAUGUCUCAUGGAUUGUAUAUUUCACUACCACACCGCUGAACCAUCGAUCCAGUCCAAUGAUGUAUUGUUUGUGAAUUCUUGGUCAAUCAGCUACGCUGUGUAAAUAUAUGACAUACUUUAGUUGUGUUGAAUAAACCUAUGUUAUUCGCUUUUGCCAUAAAACA